AUGCUCAGGCUCCGCGCGCUCCGCCCUGUAGAGCGGGUAAAGCGCGAGUGGCCGUUUCCGGUCAUCAACGAUGUUUAUCCCGGGUGCUGCCUGCAGGCUCUGCCCAUCAACUACCCAUUCGAGGAUAUGCGACGCUCAAGGGCCAAUCAUCCGGCAGAGUUCUUUCAACCUGUUUCGUACCGCAUCUGGCUCCAAAUCAGGCGGAAGGGUUCCCGCUUCUACGACCAUAUGCGCCAGCGAAUGGGAGCGAAAAAGCAUUUCAUUGAUGUGGAGCUCGAUAAGUGCCGAAGAUUUGGGGACAACGCGUACUCGAUGAGGCUGGGGUUCGAUGAGAAACGUCCGCGUGGGCGGCCAAAGAACGUGAAAAUUUCCCUGAAUCGUCCAAUUCGCGUCGGAAGUCUGUACUAUUUGGAUGACAAGCCACGCUUUGCCGAUUCAGCUGAGCGCAUGCUGAAUUUCCACUCCCAGUUGAUGUGGAUGUUUAGACGGACGAUUCUAUCAAGAGCUACUCAUUUGUCGAGAAUGCUGGAGAAUUCCGUCCUGGUUUUCGGGCACGUCACCAUUACCCCUCUGGACCAUCUUAUAGUCAAAUCGUCUCCGGUGGCUACGAAUCACCGCAUCUUGAAUAUGAUGAGGCUCAGCUUGAAUCAGAUAUGUAAAUACUUCACGCAUGACAACCAGGAAAUUGACAUCUAUGGAGCGCCGAUGGAUGAUUACGGACAAGAUUUGGCCACGCAUUCCGGCGUGGAUUAUGGUACUGAAUACAUCACUGGGGAUGCUGUUAACCAUCUGCCCGUUGUGGAAGAUGUCGAGGUGAAAAGACGCUGCCCUUCGAGCCAACAAAGCCGCAACCGAUCGCACAUUGAAUUUUUGGAACUGUACUACGUCAAUGGUUCCGGCAAGACGACGUUUGUUCGCGUUGGGGCCCCUCCCUUAAGCCAAAACCCAAUGACUCAACAUGCCGAGGAGCCGCCGGUGGUGUUACUGACAAAGGCGGGAUAUGCAAAGCCACCUCGUCGAACGAUCCGGAUUCUGAAAAGGCUGCUGAACAAACAGUCCGUUACCGUAUUGAUUUACUGGGAGAUCUUCAAAUGUAUC